AUGGCCUCGAUGGAGAAGAAGUACGUGAUAGGCGUGGAUGGCGGCACCGAGUCCAUCAGGGCGGGCGUGUUUGACCUGGCUGGCACCCCGCUGUCCUUUGCCAGCGUCGCCUACCCCACCGCCUUCCCAGCGCCCGGGUGGGCGGAGCAGGACCCGGCAGACUGGUGGGCUGGGCUGGGCACCGCGGUGCGGCAGGCGGUGGCGUCAGCCAGCAUCCAGCCCUGCCAGGUGGCCGCCCUCAGCGUGGACAGCACCUGCUGCACCGUGGUGGCGCUGGAUGCGCGCGGCCAGGCGCUGCGCCCAGCGCUGCUAUGGAUGGACAUGCGCAGCGCGGCGCAGGCGGCCAGGGUGGCGGCCUGCGGCGACGAGGCGCUGGGCGUGAACGGCGGCGGCGCGGGGCCCGUCAGCGCGGAGUGGAUGGUGCCAAAGGUGCUGUGGCUGCGGGAGAGCGAGCCCGAGGUGUUUGAGGCGGCGGCCGGGGUCUGUGAGUAUCAGGACUUUGUGAACUUCCACCUGACCGGGCGGUGGGUGGCCAGCCUGAACAACGCAUCCAUACGCUGGCACUACAGCACGCGGCGCGCCGGGGGCUGGCCCGAGGGCAUGCUGCGCACGCUGGGCCUGGAGGCGCUGCUGCACAAGUGGCCCGCCGAGGUGCUGCCGCUGGGGGCGGUGGUGGGCGGCCUGACGGCGGCGGCGGCGGAGCACCUGGGGCUGCCGCAGGGGGUGGUCGUGGCACAGGGAGGCGCGGACGCCGACAUUGGCAUGGUACGCAGCGGUGGGGGAGGUGGUAUCGGGCUGGGCGUGAUCCGGCCCGGCCAGCUGGCGCUGCUGACAGGCAGCAGCCACCUGCACCUGGGAGUGACGGACCAAGUGUUCCACGGCAAGGGCAUGUGGGGCGUGUACCCAGACGCGCUCCUGCCAGGCGUGCACGUGGUGGAGGGCGGCCAGACCAGCACCGGCAGCGCCGUGGCCUGGUACCGGCGCCUGGUGGGCGAGGAGGGCUACGAGGCGCUGAACCGCGAGGCGGAGGCGGUGGCGCCUGGCUGCGAGGGGGUGGUGUGCCUGGACCACUUCCAGGGCAACCGCACGCCGCACACCGACGCUGUGAGCCGCGGCGCCAUCACGGGCCUCACACUGGCCCAUGGCCGCGGCCACGUCUUCCGCGCGCUGCUGGAGAGCAUCUGCUUUGGCACGGAGCACAUCUUUGAGACGAUGCGCGCCAACGGAUACGCGCCCGCCUCGGUGACGGUGGCGGGGGGCGCCACGCGCUCGCCGCUGUGGAUGCAGAUCCACGCAGACGUAUCCAAUGUGCCCUUCAUCCUCACAAAGGUGUCGGAUGCGCCCGCGCUGGGCGCCGCCAUCCUGGCGGCUGUGGCUGCGGGGCUGUACCCGGAUGUGCCCACCGCCUGCUCCCACAUGGACCGCGUGGUACAGCCGGACCCGCAGCGCCAUGCCGAGUACCGCCGCCACUACCGCGCCUACAAGGCGCUGUACCCGGCGCUCAAGCCCGGCUUCCACGCCGCGGCGGCGGCAGCCUCCCAGGCGCCCACGGCAGCCGACGCCCCGGAUGUGGCGCAGAAGCAGGGGCAGCAGGGACAGGAGCAGGGGCAGCAGCAGGGGCGUCAGCAGGAUGGGGCAGACCUGCACUCCAUUGUGUCGCCCUCCAUCCUGUCGGCAGACUUCUCCAGCCUGGCGCGUGACGUGGCGCGCGUGGUGGCGGCGGGGGCGGAGUGGGUGCACGUGGACAUCUUUGACGGCGUGUUUGUGCCCAACCUGACCAUCGGCCCGCCCGUGGUCAAGUCCCUGCACAAGAGCGUGCCCCAGGCCUUCCUGGACUGCCACCUGUGCGUGGUGCACCCCGAGAACUAUGUGGAGGACCUGGCGGCGGCGGGCUGCGCCCAGUUCACCUUCCACAUCGAGGCCCCGGGCAUCGACUUCUGCUGCCACACAGCCGCCGCGCUGUGCCGGCGCGCCCGCGGCCUGGGCAUGCUGGCGGGCAUCGCGCUGACGCCCGAGACCGCGCCCGACGCCGUGUUCCCGCUGUGUGCUGCCGGGGAGGUGGACACGGUGCUGCUGCUCAGCGUGCGCGCCGGGUUUGGGGGCCAGAAGUUCCAGCCGGGCGUGCUUCCCAAGGUGGCGGCACUGCGCCGCGCCUUCCCCGUCAUCAACAUCAUCGUGGACGGCGGCAUCACGCUGGACAAUGCCGGCUCGGUGGCGCGGGCAGGGGCCAACGCGCUGGUGGCGGGCACCACCGUGUUUGCGGGCAAGGAGCCGCCCGAGGUGGCGGUGCCGGGCCUGGUGCGGCAGAUUGCCGAGGGGCGGGCGGCGUGGCCGCGGUGCGAUUGA